AUGGCCACCCUCUGCGGCCUCUGCUUCGCCCCGUCGGAUGUGGCGGCCGGGCGUCUGGCGAAGGCCUCCCUCCGCCACCCCGGCGGCCCCCCACGAGAGGCGAUCGGCUGCGCCCUCGCGGCCUACUGCCACGCUUCUUGGAGGUCCGAAAAAGGCGUCGACCCCCCCCUCUCGGUCGAGGCGCGCUGGCUGCAGCUAUGGGGGGAGGUCGUCAAGGACGAUGCCGACGUCCGUGGGAGGUCCUCGGGGCCGUUGCCUCUCUACCUUUGGAUGGGGACAUCGAUGGAAGGCGCGCUCCGUGAGCAUCACCUAGCCUGGCACCUGCACUGCCUUGUGGUGGUUCAUCGCACGCAGGAGGCGAUGGUGAAGCUUGUGCAGUGCCACGCCGAGGGGAUGCUUUCUCGUCUACAGCUUCCCAUCGUGAAGGAGCUCCUCUUGGCGUUGCCGAAGGAGACGUUGGACAUCGAAGGGGGGCACACGAAGAUUGCAAGCAUGUUGGCAGAACGCUUAGUCGAGUCCAUUCGCCCACUCACAGGUGCCCAGCACCGCUUACUGAACGCUUCCUUGGCAUUCUCCUCUCGUGGUUCCCGCGUGGUGUCUGAUGUCCCUAUCGUAACCACGGAUGCUGUUCUAUAUGCUCACAUGAUUGACUACGUCUUGAACACCAUCUCCAUGGCUCGAUCUCGCCCAGAGUACGAAGCACGUAUGUCAGAUCUCCAGACGCUCUUUUCUCUCGCGAACACGGACUCCCUUGCAGCAUCGUUGGUGCCAGCUGGAGUGCCGAUUGAGUCCGUGAUGGUGGCCACAACCGAUGAGCAUCGUUCCCGACGGAUAGGGAUUCUAGGCCGUUCUAUGCGGCAGACCAUCAAACUUUUGUGUGGUUACUCUACCAUUGCUCACGGUACUAAGAUUCCGGUGGUAUGGCUACAAGAGCCAUCCCUGGCCGUUGAUCGGGCUAUCCAGCUCGGCGUUAGCUUCCUCAGCCGACUUUUGGUGCUAUGCUCGAGUCGUGGGAACGGACUCGUGCGGCGGACGGCCGAACCGAAGUGGCGGCGAAGACUGCGUGCGACCACAGCUGUGCGGACGCAUAAGUAUCAACUUUUGCUCUCAGAGCUUCCACAUGCAGAUUUGAGUGUUACCGUCCAAACGCUGCUUAGCGGCGGCUUUGUUUGCGAAGGAGGUGAGUUGGGCUGGUGUCUGCUGAAUUCUGAAAUGGUUGAUCUGCGAUUUUACUCUCUUUUCACUCUUGGCUUGCUUUACCAAGCCUUAUCUGCCCUUUUGAAAGACACAAGGGCUGUGCCAUUUGCAGGUAAGCAACGAUCUGGUACGCAUUCCCACAAAAUCGACGAACAGAGUGAAGGAGGAAACACAACCGAAACAGAAGGGAGCUGCAAAGAGAGAUACGAUGCUGUGCUCACACAACUUCGUGUUUUAUAUACGCGGCGUCAAGAAGUGUUUGGGGAGGAGUUGCUUUGCUUUCAACCUACCACCACACACGAGGCGGUGCACAGCUUAGCGGAGUCUGAUCAUAACCUUGCUGAAGGUAAAGCCACCCACGAACAACUCCCCUUAAAGUUUCUUCCAGGGUUCCCCGCUCCAGGGCGCCAGUCGUUGGCGCCAUCCACGUUUUUUGAGUCAGCCCCUGUUGUCGUCGACUUCGUUUGGAAGGCUCAGGAGUAUGGCUCAACCCACGAUGUGCGGGUGCGUCACCUGGUGCAUUGUUUGCGUAAUCGCUCCAUGGUAACCCCCGAGGGGAAGCUCGUCCUGGAUUGCCGGCGCCACACCUUUGACGGCUGGGAGCUGAAAGGAACGGCUACUACAACGGCCUGA